AUGACACAGACUGUAUCAAUUGGAGAGACAGUCACCUUGAGUUGCAGUGUACCAGAUUCAUUCCCAAAAGGACCUGUCUUAUGGUUCAAGGGAUCUGGGCCAAGCCGGGAAUUAAUCUACAAUUUCAAAGAAGGUCUCUUUCCCAGAGUAAAAGAAAUUGGACACAUCACCAAAGCUGGCAACACAGACUUUUCCAUCCGCAUCAGUGAUAUCUCUCUUGCCAAUGCUGGCACUUACUACUGCAUGAAGUUCAAGGAGGGGAAACCUGACAGAGUUCCAGUCAGGACCAGGCACCCAGGUGUCUGUUAUUGUGGUGGGGACGCGGCAGCAGCGGCAGCACUUAAAAGGAGUUUUUUUGGAGGCUUUUUUGGACCCAUUUGUGAGAUCGAUGUUGUCCUUAAUGAUGGGGAAACCAGGAAAAUGGCUGAAAUGAAAACUGAAGAUGGCAAAGUAGAAAAGUACUAUCUUUUCUAUGAUGGAGAGUUUGUUUCAGAAAAGGUAAACCUAGCUUUUAAGCAACCUGGAAUGAGGCUAGAGCACCAAGGAAUUAGAACUGAAUUUGUAGAUCAAAUUGAACUUUUCAAUGACAGGAAUAAUACUCAUGAGUUUGUAGACCUAGUGAAAGAACUAGCCUUGCCUGGAAAAUUGACUCAGAGUAGAAGCUAUGAUUUUGAAUUUAUGCGAUUUGAAAAACUAUAUGAAUCUUAUAUCAAUGCCAAUGUCCCCUUGAGGUAUUUUCUUAAAGUGACAAUAGUAAGAAGACUGAUAAACUUGGUAAAAGGAUAUGAUCUUAUUGUUCACCAACUUGCCACAUAUCCUGAUGUUAACAACUCUAUUAAGAUGAAAGUGGGCAUUGAAAAUAGUCUACAAGUAUAAUUUGAAUAUAAUAAAUCAAAAUAUCAUCUAAGGGAUUUGAUUGUUGGAAAAAUUUACUUCUUAUUAGUAAGAAUAAAGAUCCAACAUAUGGAGUUGCAACUGGUAAAAAAAAAAAGGAUCACAGGAAUUGGACCCAGUACCACCACAGAAACAGAAAUAAUUGCAAAAUAUAAAAUAAUGAAUGGUGUACCCAUAAAAGGUGAAUCAAUUUCAAUAAGACUAUUUUUAGUGGGAUAUGACCCAACUCUGACAAUGAGAGAUGUGAACAAAAAAUUUUCUGUAAGGUACUUUUUGAUUCUAGUCCUUGUUGAUGAGGAAGACAGAAGGUACUUCAAGCAGCAGGAGAUCAUCUUAUGGAGAAAUGCUUCUGAAAAACUGAGGAAACAGAGAACAAACCUUCACCAGCGAUUUGAAUCAUCAGAAUUAGAGGCAUCUGCUGAACAGCCUAAAAUGUGA